CUCCUACACUUCCUGAUCGAGACAAGGGAGCUGGCUUUCCUUGUUCAGGGACCAGAGUCCCACCACCACCACCACCAGCACCACUAGCACCGCGCCUCCUUUUCCACCACAGCAGCCUCUCUCUCUUUUCUUCCCCCCCUCCUUCACCGCCUCAGCCCCAGUUUAGCGGAUUGAUUUACCCGGAGUAUUGGUAAAUACGAUCACGUGGGCGGAGGGACCAAUGGAGGGAGCCGGACGCCUGCAAAAAUGCUACGAUUGUUCUCCGGGCAAAGCGGCGAUCAUCCACCGUUAAAGAGAGAGUAAUCCCCCCCACCCAACUACCUACCGACCCACUCACUCAUUCCUCUUUUUUAUUAUUAUUCUUAUUUUAAAAGGGAAUUUUUGUUUUGCUUUCUGUUUCCUUGUUUAAUGCCUUCCGCCCCGUCCUAUGCCCUGCCACGGAGGGAGACUCCAAAACAUGUCGUCGAGCGGCACCCUUAGUAACUACUAUGUCGAUUCCCUCAUAGGCCACGACAGCGAGGAAGUUUACGGUGGUGGAGGUGGAGGUGGUGGAGGUGGGUCUGGAAGGUUCCUGUCGGGAGGGCACCCUCACCACCCCCACGGCACCCCCAGGCCCCCUUCCUCGGGUGUCGGGCCCGAGGGCUCGGACUUCGCCUCCUGCAGCUUCGCCCCCAAGUCCUCCGCCGUCUUCGCUGCCGCCGCCGCCGCUGCUCCGUGGCCCUCAGUCCACCCUCCGCCUUCGGGGCCCAUGCCAGGCAUUUACCACCCCUACAUGCCCCAGCCCCACUUGGGUGGCCCGGGAGGGGAGAGCGGAGGCAGGUACGUGCGCUCCUGGAUCGAGCCCUUCGCUCCCUUCCCUUCCAGCCCCGGAGCAGGAGGAGGAGGAGGAAGCACCAACGCCAACCUCUCGGUGGCCACCCUGGCCCCCUCCGGCUCCUCCAGCAUCCGCCACUACGGAACCGUCAAGCCUGAGACCGGGGCCGCCGCCGCCUCUGCCUCUGCCUCCUCUGCUUCUUCCUCCUCCGCUCCGAGCGUCUCUUCCUCUGCUGAGUCGCCUUCCAAAAGGACUGAGUGCCUCCCAUCCCGGGAGCCACCGCCACCAGGAAUCUCUGGGCCUGGAGAAUACCCGUGCCCCCCUUUCCUAGCAGAGCCCCGGGAGAAGGCGGCCGGGGCCGGGGUCUCCAGCAACGGCACCCACCCGGUCCCCAAUGCCUCCACCUCCGGCAACAACAACACCAGCAACACCAGCAACAACACCAGCGCCCACCCGGCCCAACCAGCCUCCUCUGGCUGCAGCCGUAACCCCAGCCCCAGCCGAGAUCUGAAGGAGGAGAAGCAGCAGCAGCAGCAGCAACUUGACCCAAAUAAUCCCGCUGCAAACUGGAUCCACGCUCGUUCCACGCGGAAAAAGCGUUGCCCUUACACCAAAUUCCAAACGCUGGAACUGGAAAAGGAAUUCCUCUUUAACAUGUACCUCACCCGAGACCGGCGUUACGAAGUGGCUAGGAUUUUAAACCUCACAGAGAGACAGGUCAAAAUAUGGUUUCAGAACCGGAGGAUGAAAAUGAAAAAGAUGAACAAGGAGAAAAACAACAAAGGGGACUAGCGCCUUGGGUUGUGUGUGUGUGUGUGUAUCUAUGUUUGAGAUGUGUUAAAGGGAAACAUACUGGGAAUGCUACUCACCCAAGAGCGCACACAGAGAGAUAUGAAUUAUUGUUAAUAUUGUGGAUAUUUCCCCAGAAACUUUCAGAAGAUCCGGUGGCUCUGUUUUAUUUUUUAAUUUUUACUAGCAGUGAUUGUGGUCUGUGUUUAGUAUUUUUGGGAUGAGGGUAAAAGGGUGGGAAGGACACCGCUUCUUUCCUCUCAGCUCUUGUUUCGGCUUCAAGAUAUUGCGAUUGCAAAUAAAGGGAGGAACCUUUAUCUAAAUAUUAAAUAUUCCGAGGUGUUUCUAGUCUGGAAACAGAGAGAGAUAGAGACAGACACAGCGUCGCUGCCCUCCCCCAGAUACAAUAAACUAAAGGCAAAAAGCAAUGAUCCAGCUGAUAGUAUUGAAUGUUAAGAAGAUGAAUAGCAAUGGCACGAUUGCCCAGGACUUCCCAAAAGAGAGAACGAGAAAGGAAGAACAUUCAUCCGCUGUCCAUCGUUUACUCUCCGAGUGCUUUGUUUUGAUAGAAAUGUCCUAAAUCGAGGCUCAGGAGACAACAUUUUUCCCGGUCUUUCAAACUGCAUUAGCUUCUCCAGGUCCCCCCAAAUUCGUCAAUGCCUACCAUCGUUGCCUCUGUAACCUUUCCUGUGUCAGUUCUCUCUGGUCUUUGCUUUUUCUAUUUUGGGGUGUAUGUUUUUGGCUUUGGUUUGUUGUAGUGGUGGCUGUUCUUUUUCCCUUCUCCCUUUCCUCUUUCAAUGGUCAUGGGUUAUAUAAUAAAAGCUGACUCUGAUCCAAAGGGAGAUCUCCAAAUUUUGGAAAGAAGCGGUGUGUGUGCAGAAUCUGUCCGUGUGCGUUUCUUUUCUCUCUUUUGUAAAGCGGAGGUAAACAGAGGCACAGAUUUAUUCAAGAAAUCAUUUCUGAAAUGCUGUAGUUCGACACAAGCUUUCC